AUGUGGCACCUCCUCGACCAAGAAGGUCGAGUGGAGGUGCUACAAGGGCAUAAAGCUGGGGGGCUGGUGCUGGAUGAUCCGGAGGAUUUUGGUAAAGGCGAGAUCUGUUUACUCAUUCCAGAAUGGAAUCUUCAAGACCUGGCUAAGCCAGACUCUGAUCUGCUCCUCGACCUUAUCAAGCAUCGUGCGACCAAUUGGCUCAGUGAUCAGUACCUCUUUGGUCCAAACGGUAGUUUUGGGGAUGAACAAUUCAUGCUUUCCACAAUUCACCACUGCGAGAUGGAACUCGAAGAGUUUGAAGAUGGAAAGUACAGAUGUUUCGCCUCGGAGUAUCACUAUGGAGAAGAAGUCUCCCUCCCUGAGCACCAGUGCAGUGGAUCAAAUGACAAGGAACUCCCGAGGUGCACCCAGCCGUCCGUCAUCGGCAACUACAUACUAGCUCGUCAAAUGCAGUUUUUGCAGAUGAUGAAUUUGGUGGUUUGGGAGAUUCUGGCCGUGUAUUGGAGAGGGAAUGAAAAAGGGACUUCAGGAGGAAAGCCACAGGGGCCGGGCACAAUGAAGCUAAUCGGGCUCUGCAUCAGGGAACAGAAGGAUGUUGUCUCAUUGGAAUCCCUGGCUGAGAUGGCCGCCGAUAACAAGAGAUCGUUGGAGAACUGGGCAUGGCUCUGUCGAACAGACCCUGAGUACUUGAUUAACAUGAUCUAUGCUUGGUUCUUUACCCAGCCGGGGCUCAUUGGUGACAGUGAUAACCUACUGCUUCCCACGAUGGUUGACAAACAUGUGUCUACCAGUCUUUUCGAGAUGCUGCAUACCUUCGUGCACAGCGCUGCAGUGUGGGACUUUAUCGCUCGUCUUCUCCGCGAACUCGCUACGACCAAGGAAGACGAUCGCUUCUACCGGGCCGCCAUUCUCCAGGAGCUGGUCAACGUGAUCCAUUUCGAAUACGAGAGGUCGCAGACUUUGCUGAAACGCUAUACGCAACGGAGCGUUGGCUGUGAACAUCUGAAGCGGAUCGACGGUCCCAACAACAGCACCCGGAUCAUCUUGAAAACCGAACCCGCCGCUUUCACGAGGGCAAGCCCGUUCAUCCACUACAUCCUGCGUCUUUACCAAGCCAAAACCAAAGUCGCCGAUGCGGGUCACUGGCUCCAGAAGAUCUUUGGCCUGUACAACAAUGACGACGCGUUGGUCGAUCUAAAGAAUCAGGGACCACGGGACGCCAUACACGAACUCGCGGUCAUCACGGGCCUAUUCAAAUCGCUGAAAAAGGCGGUCCAACUCCCUCCGAGCAAUCCCCGAAAGGGUCGCACAUACAUCAAUUGUAUCAAGGCCAUGGCUCCGGAGAUAGAGUCCAUCAAAGAAAGCCUGGACGUGACAGACCUGGCUAUGCCACCAGACCGCAUUCGAAUCCCUGGAGUCCUCGAACGUGUCCUCGAUAAGGUCGACGAAGUGAUCGACUGUUAUACCGGGACCCAACUCAGCACGCUAUACGAAGAAAGGAUCGAGGAGUGCAUGUUGGCCAUACGCAAGAGGUCUGACGAAAAUCGGACCCAAGUUCAGCGAGAGCGGGAAUUGAUGGCGGAGAGACUUUCGAUGACUGAAGCUCCAGCCGGGUCAUUGAAAAUCAAGGAACGCAAGGUUAAACCCAAGACACGGCCCACACAGUCUUCAUCUGAACAAAGUGAUGAAUCGAGUAGCUCCGCAUCAAGUCCACCCGAGAUUGUCGAAGAACGACCGACCAUGAAAGUCAAGCCAGAGUCAUAUGAUGUCUUCAAGACGUUGCUUUCGAGGGCUGAGCCUCGAGGAUCACUUGCCUGGAGUGCUUUCACGGCCGCCAUGAGCGAGUUGGGAUUUGCAGUCACGCACAAGUAUGGGUCCGUUGUUACGUUUGAGCCCUCGGCUUCCCUCAGUCAUCUGAAAGCUUUUACAUUUCAUCGUCCUCAUGAAUCUCGUCUCGAGGGUCAUCGUCUGCUUUGGUUGUCCCGACGUCUGAAACGUGUCUAUGAAUGGGACAUUGACUGUUUUGAAUCUGAAUGA